AUGGAUCUGAAAGUGGAUAUGAAAACUUGCAGCGGCUGCCACACGACCAAAACCCCCCUCUGGAGAGGAGGCCCAGCUGGUCCCAAGUCACUGUGCAAUGCAUGUGGGAUUAAAUACAACAAAAAGCGGCGGCAGCUGCUCGGACUUGACACCGGAAAGCCACUCAAGAAGAAGAAGAGAAGCAGCGUCGCCGGCCGGGGUAGCCUGAAAACGCGAUUUAUGGUGUUCGCCGGCGGCGAUUUGUCGGUUUUGAAGAGGUCCGGCAAGCUGAUGGGCGAGCUGAGGGAGGAGGAGCGAGCGGCGGUGGUACUCAUGGCUUUGUCCUGUGGAUCAGUUUAUGCUUAG